AUGUCGAAGAGACAGAAUAAUGACUGGUGGCACCGAGCAGUCGCAUAUCAGAUCUAUCCGCGUUCAUUUUUCGAUUCGAAUGGCGAUGGUAUCGGUGAUAUCAAUGGAAUUACAAUGAAAUUGGAUUAUAUUCAACAGUUAGGAGUGGAUAUGAUUUGGUUAAGUCCUAUUUAUGAUUCACCUAAUUAUGAUAAUGGUUAUGAUAUUCGUGACUAUUUGAAAAUCAUGCCUGAAUUUGGAACGAUGGAAGAUUUUGAUUUGAUGCUCAAAGAAAUGAAAAGGCGUCAAUUGAAGUUGGUUUUGGAUCUUGCAGUUAAUCACACCAGUGAUGAACAUCCGUGGUUUAUCGAAUCGAAGAAGAGUAAGGAUAAUCCCUAUCGAAAUUUUUAUCACUGGGCCCCGGGAAAAGAUGGUAAAAGUCCAAAUAAAUGGGGUGCGUGUUUCGGUGGACCGGCUUGGACUUACGAUAUUAUCACGGGUGAAUAUUAUUUGCAUACAUUUACACCAAAGCAACCGGAUCUAAAUUGGGAAAAUCCGAAUGUGCGAAAAGAAAUCUACAGAAUAAUGCGUUGGUGGCUGAAUAAAGGUAUUGACGGUCUUCGUUUGAAUGUUGUUAAUUUUCUCUCGAAAACACCUGGAUAUCCUGAGGGAAAACCAAGAGCAGAAGGUCAGUAUACUGACGGUUCCCCUUAUUUCAAAAACGGUCCGAGAAUUCAUGAUUACUUGGAAGAAAUGCAUGAAAAAGUGUUUCAACAUUAUCAGAUCAUCAUAGUUGGUGAAUGUCCGGGUACGCAUUUGAAAGACGCAGAGUUAUUCAGUUCACCAAAACGCAAGCAAUUGAGCAUGAUUUGCACAUUCGAACACAUGGACUUAGAUGGUGGUAAAUGGACACCAAAACUGCUCGAUUUGCGUUGUUUAAAAUUUCACUUUACAUCCUGGCAGAAAGGUUUAUAUGGCAAAGGAUGGAACAGCUUAUAUUGGAAUAAUCAUGAUCAACCGAGAAUCGUGUCUCGGUGGGGAAAUGACACGACGCCUUAUCGAGAUUUAUCGGCGAAGAUGUUCGCUACUUGUUUACAUUUCCUUUGUGGUACACCGUAUAUUUAUCAAGGAGAAGAAAUUGUCACUGAAUAUCAAGCAGUAGCACGAGUUUACCGGAGACUUUAUUCUAAAUUCUACGAAAGCGUUAUCGAGUGUUUACCUCGGCAGCCAAGCAAUGCUUCAUAUGCUUUGCGUUCUUAUACAACUACGGAUUUCUACCUAUCAAGUAUGACAAAUGUUCGUUUCACAUCCUUAGCCGAUUACCGUGAUAUCGAAACAACUAAUUUUCAUAGUGAAGCAUCACAAUCGGGUUUAACUCUCGAGCAAAUCAUGGCUGCUAUUUAUGCUAAAUCACGUGACAAUGCACGUACGCCAAUGCAAUGGUCUGCUCAAUUGCCUCAUGCUGGUUUCACUAAUGGCGUUGAAAAUGUCACCCCAUGGAUCAGCAUCAAUCCGAACUACACAGAUAUUAAUGUUGAACAAGCUCUACACGAUCGUCAAUCCAUAUUCUAUUACUAUAAAAAAUUAAUCGAACUCCGUCGUACGAUACCGUUAAUCAUUGAUGGGAAAUACGAGAUUUUACAUGAAGAAAAUACUCAUAUUUUCAUGUAUAAACGCUAUAAUGAUAACGGACAAGAAAUCAUUGUUGCAUGUAAUUUCAGUCAACAGCCAAUAGUCAUCGAUGAUCAGAAACUCAAUGAACACAUUGCAAAACGUCGAAGGAUAUUAAUAAGUAAUUACGAAGAACAUCUGAAAUCGGAUUGGUUAGACUUUCGUCCCUACGAAGCAUGGGCAGUUGAAGUUGAAAUCUAG